AUGGCAUAUGACCGAUAUGUUGCCAUCUGCAAGCCACUGCAUUAUGGGAUAAUAAUGAACAGGAGAGCUUGCAUCCAGGUGGCCACCUGUACUUGGACUGCUAGUGUCAUCUACUCUGCAUUGCACACUGGGAACACUUUUACCAUACCCUUCUGCCAAUCAAAUACCAUCAACCAGUUCUUCUGUGAAAUACCCCAGCUACUCAAGCUUUCCUGUUCUGGCACAUACCUCAAAGAGCUCGCAGCUCUUGCCUUUAGUGUGUGUUUAGCUUUAGGCUGUUUGGUUUUCAUCGUUGUGUCGUAUGUUCAGAUCUUCACCGCAGUGUGGAGAAUCCCCUCGGAGCAGGGCCAUCAGAAAGCCUUCUCCACCUGCAUUCCUCACCUUAUUGUGGUCUCCCUGUUUGUUUCCACUGCCAGCAUUGCCUACUUGAAACCCAUCCAUGACUCCCCAUCCCCUCUGGAUCUCCUGGCAGCUGUUCUGUAUUGUGUGGUGCCUCCAUUGAUGAAUCCGAUCAUCUAC